GUGUCCAUCUUGGAAAGGCGGAACACAGCAGGGAGGGUGGUGUUUAAAACCCUGGAAGAUCCCUGGACCGGCAGUGAGAGCAAUAAGUUCGUCCUUUUGGGUUAUCUGGACCAGCUGCGGAAAGAUCCAGCAUUUCUGUCCUCAGAAGCUGUGCUCCCUGACCUGACUGAUGAACUGGCUCCUGUAUUUUUCCUCCGGUGGUUCUACUCUAUUUCUGACUACCUCUCAGACUUCUGGGAGACCCUGCUUCACAGUAACUGGCGGGAGAUGAUGCCGCUGCUGUCCCUCAUCUUCUCAGCCCUCUUCAUUCUCUUCGGCACUGUCAUCGUCCAGGCCUUCAGUGACUCAAAUGAGGAGCGAGAGUCGCACCCUCCAGAUAAAGAGGAAGUUCCUGAGAAGGCUGGGAAGACUGAGCCGAGCUUCACCAAAGAGAACACCAGCAAGAUUCCUAAGAAAGGCUUUGUGGAGGUAACUGAACUCACAGAUGUGACGUACACCAGCAAUUUGGUGCGCCUGAGGCCCGGCCACAUGAAUGUGGUCCUCGUGCUGUCCAACUCCACCAAGACAAGCCUGCUGCAGAAGUUUGCUUUGGAAGUCUACACAUUCACUGGGUAA